CGGGACACCGCUCAGGGGCGACAACUCUAGGCCUCUAUUUUCCGGUAGAAAAAAAAAGAUCAAGAAGAAAAUUUGUGACAGAUUUUGGUGUUCUCAAGAAUUCGGGUUACUUAGUAGAACUAUUAUCGUAAAAGAUGGCGUCUUCAAAAAGUCCUAUGAUGGAGGAGGUGAAUCUAAAUAAAAGUUCAAUUGUGGACGAUUUUAUGUAUGGUUCCAAUGUUGCUGGAGCUCAUAUCUAUAUCCGCAUGGGAUUCCUGAGGAAAGUCUAUGGAAUUUUAUCAACUCAGUUACUACUUACAGCAAUUGUUGCUGCUGUUUUUAUGAUGAAUGAUUCACUGAAAGAAUUUGUCCAUAAAAGCCCAUGGAUGAUGCUAGUUGCCUUCAUUGGUACACUUGGCGUCCUAUUUGCGCUAAUGUGGAAAAGACAAGAAACCCCUACAAAUUAUAUACUUCUUGCUGUUUUUACUGUAUUUGAAGCCUAUACUGUUGGUGUUGUAGUAACAAUGUAUACUGUAUCAUCUGUUAUUGAGGCAGCUGUGUUAACAUUGGGUGUUACUGUAGCCUUAACUCUGUAUACAUUACAAAGUAAAAGAGAUUUCAGUUCAUGGGGUGCAGGACUUUUUGCUUUCCUGUGGAUCUUGAUUUUAGCAGGUUUCUUACAGAUUAUUUUCCCCAGUGUUAUUAUGGAUAAAAUGAUUGCUAUAGGGGGAGCCACUCUCUUCUCUAUGUUUAUUAUAUUUGAUACUCAUAUGAUGAUGCACAAGUUAUCACCUGAAGAAUAUAUCCUGGCUUCUGUUAAUCUCUAUCUCGAUAUACUUAAUCUCUUUUUUCAUAUUCUUCGUCUUGUUGGACAGAGAAAUAAUUAAUUGGGAUAAAUAAUGGAUGAAAAAGAGGGUGUUCAGUGUGAGAAUUUAAUCAUUUGUCUUAUCUUGGUUUAACCAUGGUCAUCAUCUUGUCACUACUAUUUGUGGUUUGGUAUAGCUGUAUAUAUUAUUGUUGGAUCUCUUUUAUACCCCCAUGUUUUAAUGUGGUCGUAUAUUGCAGUCACCCCUAUUCAUGCUUCUUCUUGUUAAGCUUAACAUCCGCCUCCACCUUGUGUGAUAUGACAGAUAAUCAAUAUUCUUGUAAGCACACUAGAGGCUACAAUAAUACAUAUAACUUUUUCAAAUUGAUAAAGUUUUUCUUUUUCAUUAAGAUGAUAAAGCCUAUUGAUUUUCUACGAUUUUUGAUAACUUAGAGUUAUUUCCCUUCAAUUAUGAUCCUGUCUUUCUUAAAUUUAUAUUGGUUGUCUUUCUUAUUGAAAGGAAAACUUUAAUAGCACUGUAGAGGCUUUAAUAUAUGAUAAAGUCUUUCUGAAAUUUGUAUGGGUUGUAACUGCUACAAGGACUUAGCUGCUGAUGGGCAUAUGCUUUUACACAUUUUACUGGAGGAAAAGCAGACAGAUACAUGUAGCCAUAUAAAGAACCACGAAUAGUUUAGAUAAGUAAGGUUGUGGUUAUGCCAAGAUGUCUAGAAUGGAAAUAUCAAAAUAUGCAGUAAAACUUAAUCUAUGUUUUUUCUGCUUAAAAUUUAAAUUGAAUUUUACUGUGAUAGUAUUUGAUUGAUUUUACGUGUUCAACAAAAUAAACGUAAAACCGUGCAUCUCAAGUUUACAAAUCUUAUUCCAUAAAUUUGGUUAUUGCAGCUUAUCAUGUAUAUUUUUUAUGGCCAAAAUAGAUAUUUAGAUAAUACAGAACCACUUUGUUUUAUAUACAAAAACCGAAAUUAUGGGUUUUUCUAGAUGUAAUAACCUAGAAAAUUGAUGCCUUCAGAUUCUGUCAAUUUUCAAUUGUAGCCAAACAUGUUUUCUUUUCAUAUUCAAAGUAUAGAACAAUGAUUCUAUAAUUAAUAACCUGUCUUCAUUAGCCCAGUUGGUGCAGAAAAGUAAAAAUUCCAUUUCUUUACAUAUAUAAUUAAUUAUUGGGGGGGGGGGGGCAUUUUCCAAGCCAGAUUCUCAUUUGUCUCAUUAUGUGACAUGUUCUGAUGGGACAAAGAAUGAAGUCUGCCAAUGAACACGUAUAUGUAAAAGCAUCGUUGGCAAUUGAAAUUCAAUUAACAGUUAACGCAUACAUAGCUAUCUAUGCAAACCCCCCCCCCCCUUCUGCAGUUCACUCAUAACUAUAGAAAUAAAAAUGACCAUUUUAAUCUGACUGUCAAAAUAAUCUGAGUAUUGUGUUAACACCUCCAUUCCAUGUAAUUGGGUGCAUGCAGUGUUUACAUAAACCUCCAAUUUUUUUUUCAUGAAUAACUUACUUUAAUGGCUGUGAUUUUUACUAUAUGGAAUAAGUGACCUAUACACAAAUCAAAUCUAUUUUGAAUGUUUAUUUUUCGGGGUACUGGUUCUGUGGGUAACAUCCUAGUGUUGUUUGUCUAUAUGUGAUUCCUGUAUUUUGGGGAAUAGGUUGUUUAUUUGAUUAAGCAUAAUGUAUGUAAUAUAUGUUUAUAUUGUUUUAUUUGUUGGUAUAUUUUUAUUGUAUGGAUUUAAAGGGAUAUUGUAAUAUAAGAAUACCUAUUGAUUUAUUAACCCUUUAUCAAUGGGAUUGACUGAAACCACAUGAAACUGCCUGAGUCAUUGAAUAGCUAUGAACUGGCUGCUUGAGACCCUAGAUGAAGCAGUAGUGUCAGGCUGUUUCAAAAAUGAGCUACAAAAAUGAAUGUAAAAAUAGAUCACCUUUCUGAAAAAAUUCAGAGAGAGUCAAUAUUUGCAUGUACCAGGAGUUAAUUAACUGGACAGUUUCGUUGUUAAUAAAUAAAGUAAAAUAGAGAACAUUGAUUGCAGAAUUAUAUCCUGUUAAUUUGGUUAUUAGGGAAUCAUUUAUAUAUCUAUUAUUAUGUUUUAUCACAUCUGUUCUCAGAUAUUUAGUAUGUUCAAUAACUUCAAUGACUGAAAUAACUAUAUUAUCUCAAGUUUCUUCAAAGAGAAAUUAAUAUAAAACCAUAAACUGUGGGUUAUAAUUUCAUUAUGUUUCGAUUGAGUAAUUCCUUGAUUGUGUAAAAUUUAAAUAAUAUUGUAAUUUAAAUUUAAUUAAAACUUUUGACCGUAAUUAAGUGAGUAACAAAUUUUCUUUAUAAAUCUAAAUACUGUAGAUCUCAUCUAUAACAUUUAGAAAUUUCUACAUUACUUUAUUUCUAAAUUUUGUAAAUAUUUUCUCAACUUGAAAAGAUAUAAUAAUAUAUGUACUAGAAUUAAUAAGCAGGUCUUUACCAGUAUUUUUAAGAGGGAUUAAAGAUGCAUAUGUAAGAUUUAGAUGAAGAGCUGGCUGUUCUUGCUAUAAUAGUUCAAAAAACGAUAAUGAAAAAUGAAUAUACAUGUACAUGUAUUGAAAAUUUCAUUCAAAUUACUUUAUUCUGAGCAAUGUAAUGAGUGUUGGAGCAUGUAGCAUAGAUUGUUUAUUAUCAUAGCAAAUGUACUGGACAAAUGAGACUAUGUCUCAAUUAUCCAUUGUAUUGUAGUCUUUAAAAUCUUUAGAGCGUUGGUUUAAUAAAUAAUAGUAUACAUUUGAAGCCAAAAUAAAGAUCUGCAAUAGGCAGAUUUAGCUCUUACAUAAUGCAUCUUUAACUUUUUGUCACUUUGUUUUCUUAAUAAAUUCGCCAAUGAAAUAGUUUCUGCUAUAUAUUGAAUUUUGAAUGCAUUGUAAUUAAUUCUUUUUGUUGAUUAAAAUCUAUGAUCAUGUUA